CUUGAGUUGAUCUUUGAAGUUCUGCUAUAUUUUAUAGUUCAGUUCGACAAGCAUUUCGAAAAUCACCAUAUCCACGUCUCCUAGGUCACGUGUCAAUCACCAACAUCAUGCUGUAUCUUGUAAAGGCAGCUCCACCACCACAAAUGACCAACUAAAACUCUGAUGACAAUUCUGGAACCAUCAUGUUGGACAGGUCUACCGUUAAGUUGAUCAAGUCCGUUAUAAGGAAAAUGGCCUUCGUGACGAUUGUGGUUGGGGUGUGUGCAUUAAUGCUGGUAUUGCACUUAGCUGCACUCGACGUCGGCAGACGAGAGGAUUGGGGGAGGCAGAAGGCGGGAAACUAUUUCAAGAUGAGGCGCAACUAUAAAGGAGCUUUAGAGCUGCUGAUCAACUAUAGUACAAGGUUUGGGGACGGGACAGUGAGGGCGUCCCCUGACAAGAUCCACUCGGUACAGUUAUGGUAUGAGGCGGCCGCCAUGAUUAAAUGGUACAUUAGCCCAACUGAAGACGAAUAUUUAUGCAAGAUUUUGGGUAAUUUCGACAACUGGGUGUUUUGUAAAGACAAGAAUUUGGAAAUAAAAGCGCCCUGUCUUGUGUAUUCAUUUGGGGUACGAAAUAAUUUCCAGUUUGAAGACAGUUUUGGAAGGUUGGGAUGUGAUGUGAGAUCUUUUGACCCCAGCACAAAUAUGACGGACCACACCCACAACAAGACCGUGAAGUUCUACGACCUGGGGGUGGGGCCACUGAACACCAACGUCUUCAUGCCGACCAGAAGAGGAGCAGGCGUGAAUCAGACGGACAAGGGGGACGGGCCGUGGAAGUUGAGAACCUUAAAGUCAAUCAUGGAGAUGCUAAGGCAACAGAAUAAAAUUCUGGACGUGGUGAAAAUUGACAUCAAGUCCAACCUGUGGGUGGUGCUAGACAACAUCCUGGAGACAGGGGCGUGGCGCCAGAUUCGUCACCUGCUGCUGGGGUUCAACCUCUACCCCACCCACCCACACAAAGAGGAUUACGUCAUCUUUUACAGGACAUUAACCAAGCUACGAGAACGUGGCUUCGUUGAAUACUUUGGUCAAACCGAUGACGCACUGUCCACACAAGGCGACCAUUUCACCGUCAAAGGUCGUACGUCGUUCUACAACUUCAACUUGCUGCUGGGGGAUUGAGGCUUGACGCUGGUGUGGCUGAGGAAGUGUGGCUAUGUGGUUGUUUUUUUGUGGAUGUUGUGAUGGCUGAGGAAGUGUGGCUAUGUGGUUGUUAUUUGUGUGGAUGUUGUGAUGGCUGAGGAAGUGUGGCUAUGUGGUUGUUAUUUGUGUGGAUGUUGUGAUGGCUGAGGAAGUGUGGCUAUAGGGUUGUUAUUUGUGUGGAUGUUGUGAUGGCUGGGGAAGAAUGGUUAUGUGGUUGUAAUUUGUGUGGAUGUUGUUAUGGUUGAGAACGUGUGGCUAUGUGGUUGUUUGUGUGGAUGUGGUUAUGGUUUAGGAAAUGUGGUUAUGUGGUUGUUAUUUGUGUGAUCGUAGCAGAGCAAGUGUGUUAGCUUUGGUUAAGUUGUAAGAUUUAUUUAGUUAGGUUGUAGAUAAUGUUUUGCUAACUGUGCAAUGUUUUCAUUGCAUGUGAGUAACGGUGGAACAAAGUAUAGGCGAAUAAAAUUAAAAUUGUUGCCAUUUCUUUGAGACGAGUCUAAUCUGUCUGUGGCUGGAUUGUGUUGUGCUGUUUGGAUGUAGAGAAGUUUAUUUUUUAAU